CGGUGGAUACGUGGCUCUCUGCCGCUGCCAUAUUGACGCUAGCUAGCUAACAAUCACUCAACUUAGAGUCAGCUGGACUCAUCUAGCCAUUCCAGCGUGACAAGAAAUUCCCAAAAGCGAGAAACACGAGAGGCCGAAGACCGUCGUACAGCAAAGAAAGAAAUGGUGCUGUUGGCAGCGGCGGUGUGCACCAAGGCCGGCAAGGCCAUCGUUUCACGGCAGUUUGUGGAAAUGACCCGGACACGGAUCGAGGGGCUGCUGGCUGCCUUUCCUAAACUGAUGAACACGGGCAAGCAGCAUACCUUUGUGGAAACAGACAGUGUUCGCUAUGUGUACCAGCCGCUAGAGAAACUCUACAUGGUCCUCAUCACCACCAAGAACAGCAACAUCCUGGAGGACCUGGAGACGCUCAGACUUUUCUCCCGCGUGAUCCCAGAAUACUGCCGCGUGCUGGAGGAGAGCGAAAUUUCAGAGCACUGUUUCGACCUUAUCUUUGCCUUCGACGAGAUCGUGGCGCUCGGCUACAGAGAGAACGUCAACUUGGCUCAGAUCCGUACCUUCACAGAGAUGGACUCCCACGAGGAGAAGGUUUUCCGAGCUGUCAGAGAGACUCAGGAACGUGAGGCCAAAGCAGAGAUGAGGAGGAAGGCCAAGGAGCUGCAGCAGGCGAGGAGGGAUGCCGAGCGCUCUGGGAAGAAGGUGCCAGCUUUCGGUGGUUUCGGUAGCAUGUCCUCGGGGUCCAUCAUCACAGACACCAUCGUGGAGCCAGAGAAACCCAAAACCACACCAGUUCCAGUCCGGUCCAGUGGACCAAGUAGAGCUCUGAAACUCGGUGCUAAAGGGAAGGAGGCAGACAACUUUGUCGACCAGCUCAAGUCUGAGGGAGAAACCAUCGUUCCCACCACAGGGAAGAGAGGCUCCGAUGUUUCUAAAGUUCUGCCACCACCCGUCAACGUGGAGAGCGUACAUCUGCGUGUGGAGGAGAAGAUCUCGCUGGCCUGCGGCCGUGACGGCGGCCUACAGAACAUGGAGGUGCUGGGCAUGGUGACGCUCCGAGUCUCCGAUGAGAAGAGCGGACGCAUCCGCCUCAUCAUCAACAACAAUGACAAUAAAGGUUUGCAGCUGCAGACGCAUCCUAACGUGGACAAGAAGUUAUUCACCACAGAGUCGGUGAUCGGCCUGAAGAACCCGGAGAAGUCCUUCCCGCUCAAUAACGACGUGGGAGUGCUGAAGUGGAGGCUGCAGACCACAGACGAGUCCCUCAUCCCUCUAACCAUUAACUGCUGGCCUUCAGACAGCGGCGCCGGCUGCGACGUCAACAUCGAGUACGAGCUGCAAGAGGAGAGCCUGGAGCUGAACGACGUGGUCAUCAGCAUCCCCGUACCGUCUGGUGUGGGAGCUCCAGUGAUUGGUGAUCUGGAUGGAGAGUACAAACACGACAGCAAGAGGAACAUCUUGGAGUGGUGCCUACCUGUCAUCGAUGCCAACAACAAGAGCGGCAGCCUGGAGUUCAGCAUCGCCGGGCAGCCGAAUGAUUUCUUCCCCAUCAGUGUGUCCUUUGUGUCCAAGCGCAACUACUGUGACAUUCAGGUUACCAAAGUGACUCAUGUAGACGGCGACGGCUCCGUUAGAUUCUCUUCAGAAACCUCCUUUGUUGUUGACAAAUACGUAAUCGAGUAAAGAUUAUUUGAAGAAAAUCAGUAAAUUUAAAGAGAGAAAAAAAAAAUCACCAAGAAAAAGUCCAAAUCUAUGCUACAGAGAAAGAUUUCUGUCUGCCGCCCCAUAAACUAUUAGACUGUACAUGGACUCCGUCAGCCACGUGGCGAAGCCCUCCCACCACCCCCCGAUGGAGCAGCACUGGUGUAUUUAUAUGUUUGUAUGACAGAGGCUCAUCUAUAUAUAGAGUUAACUGAACAGGAAAAACAACCAAGACUGAUGCUGUGGCGAGCAGGACUGUAACGAGGACUACGUAGAGGAUGACCGUUGAGAUGAAGGAGCGGCCUCAUUGGAAGACCAGGACCUGAGCCCCCCCCCUCUGUUCAGCUUAAUGAAUGGGACUUUUUUCUUUUCAGGUCUGUAGCUGUCAAUCAUUCAGUAAUCGUUUAUUUCUCUCAUUUGAUCGAUAUCUAACUUUUUUUUGUUUUGUGAAGUUUUUCUGGGUUUUUGAGACUUCGUAGACUUCUGUUUGUGGAUCUGUGCUCAGCAAAGCGCCUGCAGUUAUCACGUUUUAUUUUUAUCUGUAUAAUUAUCGUUUACCACUCAUCUGCAUGUCAGGAGACUGUGGGGGUUUCUGGCUGCAGGGUAAACCCUCCCACCAGUAAAACCAGUCCACUAUUAACAUCUGUUCAGGCUUUCAUGGUCUUGGAACACCACGAUAAACCACUCUGGCCUUGUUUUAUUUAAAAAGGGACGCCGUGUCUCACUCUGGUCCAUUUCUAUCCAGAGAUGAGUCCUGAUAGCAGAAACGACUGAACGGGGUCCAGAAGUGAGGAUGUCACCAGGCAGGAACCAGGCUGCCAGGCUCUGUUACCGCCAGCAGGGGGCGCCCCGGAGCCCUCACUCACCCAGUCCUCCUUUACUUACAAUCUCAGUCCGUCAGCAUUGUUCUACGUAACAUUUAUCUUUUUUUUUCGUUUGUACUCCCCAGAUUUCAGGUGAGCAGUGAUUGUGUGGAUGUGGGUUGAAGCUAGUUGGAGCAUUUUUACCGGCUGAAGGGGAAUCUUAACAUUCCAGUGUACAACUAGAAGACUGUAAUGGAAUAAAGUGUAUUAUUGAAAC